AGCUUUGAUUGGAGUCAGGUUUAACUUGUAAGGAAGAGAUAUCAGGAAAUACAUGUGAAAAACCAUAAACAUUAUCAUCAUCAUCAUCAUCCCUUGGCGUGCUGGAACACUCUUUGGUCCUUUCUUAAAGCAGUUUCACAAAAACCAUCCCAUUGAUUUACGAAAAAAAGGAAUUUGUGAUGAAUAAGAUGUUUACCAAAGGUUGGUCAGUUUCCUACAUGCUGCAAAACCGCAUUGAAACACUGUUUCAUCCUUACAAAACAUUGGGGAAAUCUUCAGGUGACAUGGGUAAGUUACCUGGUUCCGCUGUCAACAACAACCAAGGGCUGAGAUUCAUUAGCAACAAUAUGGGAUUCUGGAGAAAAGUCGAUACUAACAUCGCUAUGAAGGAUGUGAGGGAAAAUGAUCACAGCCCACCAGGUGCUGGUUCAGGUCUUCCAUGGUGCAGUUUCUCACGCUGGGCAAGAUGCCUUUUGGGAGCUGUGUUAGGUUUCUUUUUUCCACUCUGGAAGGUGCAAUGUGCCAAUUUAAAGAGGAUUGAAGGAGAAGCAGAGAUGGUGGUGGAAGGGGUGGAAACGGUGGCGGAAGUGGUGGAAAAGGUAGCAACGGCGGCGGAGAAAGUAUCCGCUGAGGUGGCGGAAAAGCUUCCCGAUGAUAGCAUGCUGAAAAUUGCAGCAAUGGAGGUGGAACAUGUUUCUGAAAUAACUGCCCAUGAUGCUCAUGCCACUACACACUUCAUUCACCAGGUUGAAGAAAUAAAGCAUGAGUUGGAUGAAUUGGUUAGCAAGUUGGAGAAGCAAGGACCCCAAAAAUUGAUUCAUAGGUAAAAAUUCUUUGAAUAAGUUUUAAAAAUAAGUUUGCUAUUAAUUUUAUCAAUUCAUGUAAUUUUUUUAAAACAUUUCCUUGUAUUAAUUGUAUAAAUAUGAAUAUAAUAUAAAUUAUUUAUUACAUUAUUUUUAAAA